AUGCGUUUAGACAAGCCAUUAAGUUUAUUUAAGCGUGCCUCAACUGAGAACCCCGGUGAAGUUGUUGCCGAGAGCGGCGGGGGUUCACCAGUUGGAUUUGAUUCGAUUCCAGCUUCCAAAAGAGAAGCUAUCAGAAUGAAACUCGGACUUGUUUUCAAAUGGAAACUAAGUAAAGAGAAACAAGAAUGUGGUGUUCAUUCAACUACUGGGUUGGUGCCAGCUUCCCAAGUAGCUACCUUAUCACGUCAAAUUGGUUUACCAGAGAGUGUGGAGAGUGUUGGUAACGAUGACAGGUUGGGACAUUUGUCUGAUGAGCAGGAUACUCAGAAGGCAGCAGUCAGUGAUUUGGUUGAGUUCUUUGAUGAGCAGACAGUGCAGUUGAGCUUGUUUUUGAAGAGUGUGCAGAGAAAGACAAGUGUGUUUGGAUGGAAACUCAACAAGAUGCUCAGAACUAAAUCAUUGAAGAGAUUAUUGAGGGUGCAGAUGAAAAUGAAGAAAGCGUUGCAGAAUGCACAGAGCAGCAAAGACAUGUUGUCCAGGUUGAGAAAGAACAUGAAGGCUUACAAGAGCGCACUUGAAUUGCAUGAAAAGUGUACUCUGGUUGAAGGAUUUGACAAGAUGUGUUUCAUGUUCUGUGACGAGCACAAGAACAAGUUGUCUUUCAACCAAGUUGAUGUUUUGAAUGUUGUUUUUGGACAGAGACAUGCCAAACAUGAAUUUGUGACGCUUAUGCAAAGAUUGUUAGACUUGCCCUCAAUAAGGAAUGUUGUUGGUGUUGAAAAGGUGCAGGAGUUGUUGAGCUCGUUUGAAGUUUUGACAACACUUGAACCGAGUGAGAACGAUGUUGAUGUUGAUGAGGAGACGUUGACUGAGGAAGACAGGAGUAGUGUCAGUCGAGACGAGCCAAUGCCAGUUUUGCCAGAUUUGCCANUCAGUCGAGACGGUCAGUAG